CCGGUCGGCCUGCUCCUGUUUUUCAUGGAUAAUGCGAGCCGUUUACGACAGACCCGCUGUUAAGUGCAGCUGGUUGUCUUCGACGUCAGUUAACGUUUAUUUCCGUUCAGGAAUAUUCAUGAAAGGAAAAAAAUGCUUCGUAGAGACUUGGUCCUAUCCAUUGCAGUCUUCCUGAUUGCGGUGACUAAUUAUUUCAACACCCUGUUCUACAUAAUACUUGGAUUACUGAUACUAUGUGGAACAGCAUUUGGACCUGGAGCUCUGUAUUAUUCCUAUGUACAGUUAUCACCCACAUAUCCCAAUGGCUGCAAAUACGCUCUUCUUGGUGCUAUAAUCUUUCUAAUCUCAGUAUUAUACUAUUUUGAUCUGCUAGUCUUUAUAUUGUACGGAUUGCUUACGGCAUGUGGCUUGUUACUUGGACCCUUCAUUGUUAUGCACAUGAACGAUGAUUUAUCAGCUAAAAAACCUAUGGUUAAAAAGAAGACCGAAAAUACAGUUAAUAUGAUGAAUUCAUUCCAAACUUUAAUGUUGAGACAACCUUACUUUAACAACGAAGAAAACACAGAUCCAGGACGAUAUCCCCUUGUAUUUUCGCGACUCGUGGACGGAGCUCUGUUGAACCUUUUAGACAUCGUAUUUCGUGACUUUGUCUACUCUUGGCUGAACGACUUGGCAGUCGGCUCUGAUGAGCUGAUUAGUAUUAUCAAGCAAGACUUGUGGGAGGCAAUUAGCGAAAUUUAUAAAAAAAUGAAACCCAUCGACCACACAAACUUGGUGGCUUGUAGUAUGGUCAGCACUGUGACGGUUCACUUUGAAAGGAUCAGAAUAGCACAGGAAGAAGCGAUUAACGGAGUAGAACCGAAAUACCUGUUGUCGCCGCACUUGGCGUCCGAAAGCGAGGAACUGGAGUACUUGAGAAAAGUCAGCGAAGUCGUGAUUAUAUUUUUUAUGCCACGAGGCUAUCAAUUUUCCCCUACAAAGAAUUUUUUAAGGGAAAUUUUCACGUGCACAAUUUUAAAGCCCCUCGUUGACACGAUAACCGAUCCAGACUACAUAAAUCAAAAGAUCCUGUCUUACGUAGAGCAGCAAAAGUUGGUCGAGGCUCUGCACAAAAAGACCUGCGAGUACGCCAACUCCUUCGAGGACUUUAUAUCCUUGAUCAAAGACACGCACGAUCUCGAGGUGCUCAAGCGCAUGAGGUACUACAUCGUAUCGGAGAUCAUGCAAGCCACCACGGCCCAGAACAUCCAACGAGCUCAGGGUCUGGAUCCCGAGAGUACAAGCUUGGGUAAGUCGGAUGCCUCGCAGGGAAAAAAGCUCAAGCGUUACAUCAGUCAGAUGACGUACGCGAAGAACACUUGCGAAGCCCACAUGCAAGCUCUUGGCUGGGACGAUUAUCCCAUGGAAGACGACGACGUGAUAGACGCUGUUACGGUGUCGGAAAGUAGAGUCACACCGUUGCGCGUUAUUUUAGACAGCGUUGUAGGUAGGAAGUAUUUAGGACAAUUUCUCGAACAAGUAUCUAGUCAAGGAUUAGUUGGUUACUGGACAGCCGUCCAAGAACUGAGAGCCGCGGACAAAUCCAACUGGCACCAGUUGGGUGCCGAAAUUUUUUAUACGUACAUAGCGAUACCGACCGCUGAAAUUAAAGUCGACAAGGAGGCGAGGAAGCGAAUGGAGAGCUUUUUAUUGGGCGACAAGGGACCAGAUGUAUUUUACGAAGUUCAGGACACGGUGGUUCAGAUAAUGGAAGACAAAUACUAUCCUUCUUUCAUAGUCAGCAAACAGUAUAAAAAUUUGCAAGAAACCUUGACCGCGGAUGAAACAUUAAAUGCCUCGAUGAAUGACGAGAGAGUACUUAACGGCACGAUUUUGGACAAUAGCACCGCCCUGGUAGGCGAGCACUCGAAUUAUUCGAGAAACAAGUUAGACCAGCUGCAGGAAAAAUUGAGCAACAAAACGCAAGCUCUGAAAGCUCUGCAAUCUUCGUUGAAGCCGGAAAGUAAGGUUUUGAGUAUAUUGGCGAGAGAAGUGGACAGGCUUCAGGGUGAAAAAAGACAAUUGGAAGCGCAUUUGAGCUACACCGAGAUGUGGGCGGAACACUUGGGCCGCUGGAGAGCUGAAGUACAGAGUGCUGAAACACCGGACAACGGCGACUCUCCUCAUUUUGUUUUGGUCGUCGAUAUGAUCGCGGACGAGGCCGACGAAAAGGGUAUUUCAUCAGGUUGGGUGGUUUUAAGGAAACUUUCCGAAUUUCAAGAACUUCACCGAAAGUUGCGCCAAUUGUCGCCUUGCGUAAAGAAUUUAGAAUUACCAUCGCAGCCCCUGAAAUUUUUUGGUAAAACCGACAGAAAUGCCAUGGAAAGGGCGAAAUCGCAAAUUCAAAAGUAUUUGAACUUUGUCUUGGAAGACGAUCGUUUGAAUCAAAGCGAGGCACUGUAUGUUUUUUUGAGUCCAAGUUCAGAGCGGUUGAAACAGAGCAACACUCCGUCGCCGAAGAAAUCACGAUUUUCUUUAACGACCUUUUUUAAAUCUUCGGGUAGCAGCGGAGAUUCUCGUGACAAGGACGAAGAAGAUGACACUUCGUUGUUUGAUGAUAACGAGGGCUCCAGGACUGUCACUGACACUUUCUUUGGGCCGGGAAAAGACUCAAUUGCGGAGCCAUUGUAUGCUUUGCUCGAGGAAAUUUUUGACUUAAGGGGCGUCUUUCGCUGGCUCAGGCGAUCCCUCAUUACUUUUGUCCAAUUGACUUAUGGACGAACUAUCAAUCGCCAAGUGAGAGACACAGUCGCUUGGAUAUUUUCCGAGCCCAUGCUUCAUUAUUAUAUUCAACUGUUGACAAAGUCCUGGUGGCCAAACGGUCAGUUGGUUAAGGAGACGCCAGUUCGGACGGGCGACGAUAAGUUGAAGACACGCGUGGAGGCUCGCCAGCAGUUUUUAAACAAUGUACCUGACUUUCUGACAAAUCUAGUCGGAAACGAAAGCGCUCAAAGAGGGUCGGCCAAAAUAUUUGACGCCCUGCAAAACGUGACAUUAAACAAACAGUUAUUUUACGAUGUCUUUGAGGUUGUGAUGUAUGAGAUGUUUCCAGAGUUAAAAAAAGAAAAAUAUUAAGUAUUUUUACAUACAACAAACACGUUAUUAUCGAUUUUUGGUAAAUUUUCAAAUGACUUGGAAAUAGUACAUUCAACAGCCAACUGCCAAAUUGAUGAGAGAUAAGGUUCGUUCAGAUUUUUUUUUUCUUUUUAAUAGAUAAGUACAAUGGUACUCUGUGAGGUGCUACUACCGUUAGUUACUCAGUAUUAUUUAAACAAUG